AUGAUUUUUCAUAAAUAUAAACGAUGCCUUCACUUAGCUUUUGCCAUAAAGCAUUUAAUUAGUGCUAGUUUAUCAAAGAAUCCUCAUCUAAUUGCUAUAUCUGCUGCUCUUAUAAUUGUUUUAUUCUUGUUAUUCAAAAGUGAACGUUUAGUUUGGAAAUACAUUAGAAUAUCACUAUUAUUGGAAUUAUGUUUUUAUGAUGCUCCAUUUACACCAUCAAUUGUUGCAACUUUAUAAAGCAAAAUUACCCAUAAAUGGUUAUUACUAAUAUUUUAUAGCGUAAGAAUUAGCGCAAUGAAUGCAUUUAAUUUCUAAAUUAUAGACUGGGUUUAUUUUAGCAUUCAAUUUGUUGCUUUAUUUAUUUAUUUGUGUGAAAAGGUAAGGAAAAUUAUAUUAUUUACAGGAAAGAAAACCAUUUUAGAGAAAUUCCCAAUUGAUAAAUCGAAAUCAAAAUUAUCUUAAUAUGGGAUUAAUGAUAGAAUCUGUAGAAUUAUAUGAUAUCCUUAACAGAAUCCCUUGUGGUAUAUGUUUACUAGAUAGUAAUCUUUAAGUCGUUAGUUCCAAUAAUAAAGUAAGAAAAUAUGUUGUCUCAUAAAUUGAAACCAAUUUAUAAUCAGCAGUAUUUCUGAUGAUUUAAAAGUAUUUAUAUCUUUGAUUUAGAGCAUAUUUGUAAUCCUAAUAAAUUAAUAGCUUUCGAAAAAAUGAGAAACACAAAUCUAUAUUUGAAUCCCUAGAUGAAUAAUCAGAUAUUCCAAUCAAACGCUUGUAAUCAUUUUGCCAACAAAGAAGAGCUACUUUAUAAUAGAAAACAACUAAUGUUAGUAAUGUUUCAGAUAUUGCUCAAAUUAUACAUAAACAUAAAAUUAAAAAUCUUGAAGAAACCAAAUUAAAUGUAUUAAAAUUUAAAGAUACAAAUACUGGGAAAACUUUUGAAAUAAGAAUAUAUGAUAUCACUAAUGGUUGCAUGAUAGUUAUUGAAAAUAUUACAAAUUUUGAAUAUCAGUAAGAUAUGUAAGAGAGAUAUCGGUUUUAUUCAAAAUUAAUUAAUUCCUUUUCUCAUGAAUUAAGAACACCCUUAAAUUGUUCAUUAUAAUUAUUAUAAAUAUUAGAUUAGAAUCUUAAAGGAGAAUUAAAUGAUUAAUAUUUAAAACCUGCAUUAAUCUCUAACAAAAAGUUGUUACAUUAAAUUAAUGAUAUAUUAGAUUAUGCUAAUUUUGAAGCAUAAACUUUUAAAUUGAGACCUUAAUUAUUCAAAUUAUCAACAAUUACUAAAACGAUUGAAGAUUAUUUUAGAGCAGAAUGUGAAUAAAAAUAAAUAACUUUAACAAUAUCAAGUUGUGAUGAUACCUAUAUAAGUAGUGAUUAUGAUAGAAUUAUGCAAAUUUUAGUUAAUUUAAUGAACAAUUCAGUCAAAUAUACAAAAUAACAAGGAGAAAUACAUUUUGUAGUUUAAAGGGCUGGAUCAAUAUAUUAAUUUGAAGUAUUCGAUACAGGUUGUGGGAUUCCAGUUGAGAAACUGUACUUAAUAACUAAGAUUUUAAAGAAUUGUGAAUUAGAUUGGAGUAGAAGAGGGGAUGAAGAUUAUAUGUAAUAUGUUGGAUUGGGAUUAAAAGUAAGUAGUCAGAUAGCCAGAAAAUUAUGCGAUACUGGAGAUUUAAUUAUUUUCAGUUCAGUUAAUCAAUAUACAAAAAGCAAAUUCUAUGUGAAGGACAUGAAAUAAUAUUUGGACUAAAUGAUCGAACCAACAGAAGAUCACAUCUAAGAACCUUAUAAAAGUAUAGGAAGAAUAAAAUGUUAAUGUGUUAAUGUAUUGAUUUGUGAUGAUAUUCCAUUUAAUCAUCUAGCAUUAUCAACAGUACUUAAAUAUUUCAAUGUGAGGGUUGAUAAUGCUUAUGAUGGUUUUAUGGCUAUAGAGAUGGCUAAAUAGAAAGUAAGUAAAUGCAAAUGUGGGUACAAAUUAAUAUUUAUGGAUAUUGACAUGCCAGAGAUGGAUGGAUGUUAGGCAACUAAAGAGAUUUUGUAGGUGUUUUCACAACAUUAAAUUUAGUGUGUAGUGAUUAUGUGUAGUGCAUAUGACAGUAAAGAGAAUAUUGAUUAUGCAAUGAAAUGUGGAAUGAAAGAAAUAUUGCCAAAACCAGUGGACACUAAUUUAUUGAAGAAAAUACUAUAAAAAUAUUAUUUCUGA